AAGCAACAAACUAUUCCAUCAUUUUGCCAUUGGUGAUUUCGUAAAAAUGGAAUGUUCAGUAACCUCGUGCCAAGCAAAUAAAGAAGACCGUCCGGAACUGUUAUUUUUUUCGAUGCCCAGACAAUACGAGCUACGAAAAGUGUGGUUGCAACGCUGUGGAAUUUAUACAAACCCAAUGCCGGCGAUACUAGCGAACAAACAGUUCUAUGUUUGUCAGCAACACUUUGAUCCAUCGGAUUACCGAAUUGUAAAGGUAAACUCCAAAAGUUGCUCUCAAAGGAACAUAUUGAAUAAGGACGUGGUGCCGCACAAGAGUAUUCCACGCCAAUCGGUGACUGAAAAAUUUGUCUACAUGAUGCCUGAAGAAGAUCCACUGACGUUACCGGAUCGUUCUGUCGACGAUAUCGAUAUCGAUCAUGAUUUAAGCACAACACCUGUACCCGAAAAGAAGCGCAAGAUAGCAAGAAGUGUCCGUCCGCGUGGCAAAGCAAGAAAAAGAAAGCGCCUACCAUCAACAUACAUUGCUAAGCCCAUGAAAUGGGAGUGUUGCGUAAUCUCAUGCGGAGCAAAUAAAACAGACUGUCCGGAUCUCAUACUAUUUGUGAUGCCCAAGGAGUAUGAACUGCGAAAUGUAUGGCUGCAGCGAUGCGGACUCUAUGUAGACCCAUUACCGGCGGUACUAGCCAACAAAAUGUUGUAUGUUUGCCAGAAACACUUUGAUCCUUCGGAUUACCGCAGUGUGAAGGUCAACGCCAAAAGAUACUUCCAAAGGCACCUAUUGAAUAAGGACGUUUUACCGCACAAGAGUAUUCCACGCCAACCGAGGACGGAAAAGUUUUUCUACAUGACACCUGAUGAAGGUACGUUGCCCGAACGUUUUGUUGACGGGAUGGACCAUGAUUUGAGUACAACAUCACCACCUGUUAAGAAGCAUAUGGAGGAAGAUGAUGCAGAAACAUUCGAAUUAUGGGUGGAACUAGAAGGGAGCUGAAGCCUCCCGGGCAAAAAUUAGAUCCUUCUCGAGAAAAGAGCGAAGGAGUGAAAAAGUGAUGAAGAGACAGUAUUUAUUUGGGAUGAGUAUUGGAAGCGGAUGAGCACGUU